UUGUCCUGUUGUGAAGCCCUCUGUCCUGGAACCCUGCACCCCUCGGUCCUAUCUCUCCAUCACUUCAUAGUGGGACUCUUCUGCAGCAUCCAGGGAGGUCUGCAACAUCACUUGAAGAACCCGAAGAGUCAGGAACCAUGCUGACCAUUUUGGCGCUAGCGUCGGUCAUACUCCUGGGAAUAGUGCCCCAGCAGUCUGAGGCCAUCGUCAUCUACACGGGCUGGGAGCGUCACGCUCUGGUGGGCUCUGACAUCCGUCUUUCCUGCUCCUUCUUCUCCUGGCGCUGGACCUCUGAUGAUGUCACCUUCUCCUGGAGCUACCGGCCCGACGGUGCCAGGGACGCCAUCUCUGUCUUCCACUACACCGGUGGAGCUCCCUACGUAGACAACAAGGGACCCUUCAGAGACAGGCUGGAGUUUGUGGGGAACCCUGGUCGCCGGGACGGAUCCAUCCUGCUCAAAAACCUAGACUACGGAGACAACGGCACCUUCACCUGCGAUGCCAAGAACCCACCUGACAUAGUGGGACGCGCCUCCAGUGUCAGACUGCUGGUCUUUGAGAAGGUUCCCAUCCAGGCCGGAGUGAUCACGGGGUCCAUCAUCGGUGCAGUGCUGGGUCUGUUGUUGCUGAUCGUUGUCAUCUACUAUCUCAUGAGGUUCCUGGUGGCCCGCAGAGUCUUCAACCUCAGUGUCAGCAAACAUGGAAAGAAAGGGAAGGGUAAAGAGGGAUCACAGCAGAGACAGGGCCCAACUCUCUCCAUCGGAGACCCGUCCAAGCUGAAGGCCGCCGCCUCAGAAAAGAAGAAGCAGGAGUCGCGCAAGGAUAAGAAAUAGGAUACGGGGAGCAGAGAGCUAGAGCCCCAACACACAGCCCAGCCCAAAGCAAUGAGACAGGCAGAGAGAGCAGGAACAGGGGGAGGGGACUCACCCAAGGGGGCAGGGCCUGGUAGGGUGCUGAUGACCAUCGAGCUGGAGCUCUCCAAGUGGGAAAAAGAGGGGAAGGGGAAGGGGGGUGAGUCCGCCUCGGCCAAAUCAUCCAGUUUCCUGUCCCUGUCCAAGCUCUCCAAAAAACUGACCCUUAAAUAAGUGAAUGAGAAUCAUACUGGAGAGGGAGGCAGCGGAGAACCUUAAUUAAGGGGGCAGUCUUAAAGAACUGUAAGGCUGUGUCCCAAAUGGCUCCAUAUUCCCUACAUAGUGCACUACUUCUGACCAGAGCCCUAUGGGCCCUGGUCAAAAGUAGUGCAGUGCACUAAAUAGGGAAUAGGGUGCUAUUUCGGAGGCAGCCUAAGUCUGUCUUCAACGGUAUAUUCUUCCCCACAAGAUCUAAGCCUUUACAACUCAAAGUAGAUUCAUCAUGAUCUCAAUGCCACACUGGGGUGAACAUAGACACAAUAGUGAUACAAAAAAUAUGAUAGCUCAAUCAAUGGAAGUGAAACACUCCAACUACUACUGUCAGGUCAUGAAACAUACCAUUUGAACCAAAUCAAAUGCCAUCUGACUGCUAGUUUGAUGACAAAAUCUUAAAAGCUAUUCCCAAGUUUGCCUUUCAUUCUGACAUCUUAGAUGUGAUGCAAGGCAGUAUUCCUCAACUACGCCUGUCCGACACACAUCAGAGAGUCCUGGCUACAGGGACCACCCGAUUUGUUCUUUUGUGUCUGUGUCCCAAAUGGCACCCUAUUCUCCACUCAGUGCACUACUUUGACCUGAGCCCUAUGGGCCCUGGGGAGAGGAUCUGUCAAAGUUUGACUUGCCCUCACACUGACUGAUGUUCUCUCUUCUUUCUCCUCUCGUCUUUCACUGGGAGCACUUUUAUUCUGACUCCUCUUCGUUAAAACUGUAGAAGUUUCAACAAAAACUUUGAAUGCUUACUCUUUCUCAUCCUAUCUUUUCUAUCUCUCUUUCUCUCAUAGAUUUUCUGAACCUUAUUUCUCAAAGACUCGACUUCCUCCCACUUGACUGCUUCAGCUUCCAUACGCCACACCCUUUUAGACCACACCCCUUUCCUCCUGCCCCACCUUUUGAUGCACUUGUCCUAUCUCAUUAACUCAUUAAGUCCUGCCUAUAAAAGAGCAGUCCUACUAAGUUAAGCAAGAGUAGUCCUACCGAGUUCAGCAUUUGUAUGAUGAGGCAGAACAUACAAGUCAUAACCCAUUUAGCUAGCAUCAAGGCAGAGCAGACCCGGUAUAGACAUGCAGUGUAACAAAUGGACCCAGCAGGCUAUUGAAUAGAGAUACAAAUACCAACAGGGAGAGGUCAAAUAGUUCCUGAAACUUCUGUUAAUGCUUCCUGCUGCUCAGUGCUCAAUCAGAUGCGGUGUGAAGAGUUUGAAUGCACCCUGUGCUGGACGAGUCAGAGUGAGGGAGAGAAAUAUGAUUCCUAGCUCUUACCUUGUGUAGAUGGGUUCAAAUUGAAGUUCAUAUCGCCGGGUGAUUCACUCCCUUCACAUUUGAGCUAAUGGAGGCCGUAGUGCUGUGCUGCCUUUCUGUCACUGCAAGCUGGAGGUUAUUCCUGUCUAUAAGGGUGUAGUAGAUACAGGCUUACUGUAACAGCUGCAAUUUAAAGCAGAGUAGAAAAAGCCCUGUUUGUUUGUGUCUGAGAGUACAUCCCAAAUGGCCAGCUAUUUCCUAUAUAUUGCACUACAUUUGACCAGGGCCCAUAGGGCUCUGGUUAAACAUAGUGCACUAUAUAUUGUAUAGGGUGCCAUUUUGGACGCAGCCUGCUUUGAAUUCUGUGACUGAGUCCUUGAAAUGACGUCACGUUGACAGCCAGUGGACAUUCUCAGGCCCUGACAACAAAGGGAUACUCCUCCUUUCUACUCCUCCGUGUUAUUCUGGUCCCGUUAAUCCCUUCUGCACAUUUCUCCCCCUAUUUUAGCACUUGCUGGUAACUGGAUCCCUCCAUCUCUCUCUCUCUCU